AUGAUUGGACAAUUCUCGGGCAUAUUAAAGAGAAAAGGAGCCUUUUUCGGAAUGUGGACAGCAUGCUUUUGUGAGGUUAAGGACAGCGAGUUUAUAAUCUACAAAAGCAAGGAAAAUCCAAUCAUAGAACGCAAGAUCGAAAUUUGUUCUCAAACUGUGGCCGUUCCGAUCCAAAAUCAUCCUAAAAAGUUCAAAAUAGAAUCGCCUGAUGAGCAAGCAUUGCUUUUGCAAGCAGAAUCAGAGGACAAUGUUAUGGAAUGGAUUCUUGCAAUCAAAUCUCAGUCAAUCAAGGAUCACACAACCACCAUGGAUGACUUCAUAAUCUAUUCCGUAUUAGGAAGAGGCUUCUAUGGUAAGGUUAUGCUUUGCCAAAAGAAGGGAGGCAAAGAACUAUACGCAAUUAAGUCGAUCCAUAAGGCUAGACUUGUUAAGGCCCAUAAAGUACAUACGGCUUUCAGAGAGAGGAACGUUUUACUUAAGAUCAAACACCCAUUCAUUGUUUCAUUAUCUUUUGCGUUUCAGUCGUUAACAAAGUUCUAUCUCGGAUUGGAAUAUGUACCAGGUGGUGAGUUAUUCAGAUAUCUCCAAAAGCGCGGUCCUCUCACAAUUAAGGAAGCAAGAUUUUACGCAGGCGAGAUCGGACUUGCAUUAUCACAUUUGCAUUCCCAAGGAGUUAUAUAUCGCGAUUUGAAACCCGAAAACGUCCUACUUGAUGAGGAAGGUCACAUAAAAUUAACAGAUUUUGGUCUUGCAAAAGACACGGUCAAUGAUUCGACUACAAACACAUUUUGUGGAACAGCCGAAUACCUUGCCCCAGAAAUCAUCCGUAAGGAAGAUUAUUCCUUCGCAAUCGACUGGUGGUCUUACGGUUGUCUUGUUUACGAAAUGUGCUUCGGCCAAACACCAUUCUAUGAUAACAACAAGAGCCGUAUCUUUACAAGAAUCGAAGUUGAAAGUCCAUAUUUCCCUCCGAACGCUGAUCCAGUCAUUAUUGACUUUGUUUCACAGUUCUUGAUCAAAGAUCCAGCCGAAAGAAAGACUUUCGAUCAGAUAAAGGACCACAGAUUCUGGAAUCACUUAGAUUUCAACGCUUUACUCAACAAACAGAUCAAACCAGAGUUUGUUCCAAUUGUUGAUGAUAAGAGAAUUCCAGACAACUUUGAUACACAGUUUACAAUUGAAACUCCUUGCGAUUCUCUUGCAACUCCACCAAACUCAAUCAAGAGCAAUCAAUUCUACGGUUUCUCAUUCGCUGGAGAUCUUGCAAGUAUGAAUGAUACACAUCAACCACCAAUUUCUCCACUUUUAACUUAA